UUUUAAAUCUUUAUUAACAGUCAGACAAAUGUGACAGACAGUGCUCACUUCCUGCUUUUCCAUAGUCACUCUUCACGUGAAGCAGAUAUAACAGCUAGAGGUGAGGAUGCCGAUUAUGGAGAAGUCAGCUAACUGCCAGUCUGACAAAAUGAUCCCUCAAUGCUUAUAUUGAUGAGACCAUAUUGGAUGUUGAAGUUUUAUCACUUAUACAAAAUAUCCAACAUUGUAAGAGAAGUGAUACCCCUCUUCGUUUCAGACAUUUUGAGUGCAAUUGGAGUUAUACUAUGUGUGGCUCACUAAAACGGAGAUUCUUGCUACUUUAUGGCACACAGCAGGGGCAGGCAAAGGCUAUUGCUGAGGAAAUAGGCCAACAGGCAGAUAACCGUGGAUUUGUUGCUGACAUUUUCUCACUGAAAGAUCUGAAUAAGUUCAACUUAGAAAAAGAAAGUGAUCCUGUGGUUAUUGUAAUCUCUACAACUGGAACUGGGGAUCCUCCUGAUAAUGCUCUAAAAUUUGUAAAGAAAAUUAAAAGCAAAGAGGUUCCAGAUGAUUACUUUGCACAACUGCGAUAUGGAUUACUAGCGCUUGGCGACUCUGAAUACACCUACUUUUGCAAUGGUGGGAAAAUAGUUGAUAAGAGACUUCAAGAACUUGGAGCAAAACAUUUUUACGAUACUGGAUAUGCAGAUGAUUGUGUAGGGUUAGAGUUGGUUGUGGACCCGUGGAUUGAAGGACUUUGGGUUGCUCUGGAGAGUGAAUUCAUGUCUAAGGCAGAGAAUCGAGAAAUGGAUGGGCACAUUAGGGUUAGAACUAAUAACAGUGUACCAGAAAAUCUGGACUUGCAGAUACAAACGGUUAGCCUUGAAAAUGCAGUAAUAUCAAGUGGCACAUUGCUAGAGUGUGCAGUAUCCAACACUUGCAAAGAAGUUGAGCUGUCACUUAUCCACUCAGUGCCUCCUCUCUCUCAGUGUAGCCUUAAUGUGCCUUCUCUUCCACAUUCCUUUCUGGAUGUACAUAUUCUAGAUCGUGAAGUAAAGGAUGAAGACCCAUCUUUGUUAUAUCCAGAAGAAAUGGUUUUCAGAGUACCCAUCUGUCGGGCUAAGCGACUCUCUACAGAGGAUGCUGUAAAAACUGCGUUGAUGCUGGAGCUUGACAUAUCGCAUACUGACAUUGACUACCAGCCUGGGGAUUCUUUCUACAUAAUUUGUCCAAAUCCUCCUGAUGAAGUGACAGAUCUCACUAACAAGCUUGGGCUCUCGGAUAAGAAAUAUUGCCAGAUCUGCUUGGCUGUCAAAUCGAAUACAAAAAAAAAAGGAGCUUCAGUACCUGAUCAUAUUCCAGAAAACUGUUCUCUGCAGUUUUUGCUGACGUGGUGUCUUGAAAUAAGAGCGUUGCCAAAGAAGGCACUGUUACGUGCUAUUGUAGAGUACACAUCUGAUGCCACUGAGAAGAGAAGACUUCAGGAGUUGUGUAGUAAACAAGGCAGCUCUGAUUAUAACCACUUUCUUAGAGACCCUGCAAUCAGCAUUUUAGACCUUCUCAAUGCAUUUCCAAGCUGCCAGCCUCCUUUAAGCCUAUUGAUAGAGCAUCUACCUAGAUUACAAGCAAGGCCAUACUCUGCUGCCAGCUCCAACUUGUUUUAUCCUGGAAAACUUAAUUUUGUUUUUAAUGUUGUGAAGUUUGCAACACGGUUGGAACUGCCAGCACUCAGAAAAGGUGUGUGUACUGGCUGGCUAUCUGAUAUUGUGAGUGAUGAGAAAUCCAAGCUCCUGCAUAUUGGUGGCAGUACAAAUGAGGUUACAGCUAUCCCACAGAUAUCUAUUUUUCAGAGGCCCUCCAUUUUGUUCCGUUUACCAUCUGAUACAACUGUUCCUAUUGUGAUGGUUGGACCUGGAACUGGAAUUGCACCAUUUAUUGGUUUUUUACAACACAGAGAGAUUCUCCGUCAAGAGAAUGAACAGAUUUUUGGAGAUACUUGGCUAUUUUUUGGUUGUCGGAGUCAUAAUAAAGAUUACUUAUUUCGGGAGGAAUUAAAUAGUUUUGUUGAAAAUGGAACGUUAACACAUUUAAAAGUGUGCUUUUCAAGAGAGGCACUCAGCAGCACAAAUGAACACUUUCCAAAAUAUGUACAGGAAUAUCUUAAAAUUUGCUCUCAAGAUAUUGCUAAAAUAUUGAUCAAAGAAAAUGGACACAUUUAUGUUUGUGGAGAUGCAAGGAAUAUGGCCAAAGAUGUCAACGAUGCUUUAACUGAUAUUUUAAGUGUUGAGCUUUGUGUGGACAAGCUAGAGGCGAUGAAGACACUGGCUUCACUAAGAGAUAAGAGUCAAUAUUUACAGGACAUCUGGAGCUGAAUUUUGUCACCAAGAGUGCACUGUGCUACAUGUCCUUAUUGUGGAAGUUACUAGUCUACUGAACACAUCCAAACAAACUUUAAUAAAGUUCAUAAUGGUUUUACAAACCAUAGAUUA